UUUCCGGAAGCGGAAGCAUUGUACUUUCAAGAAGUUUUUGGAAUAGUUUUGGCAGAUGCGUCGGUGCGCUUGAUACUUCGUAGCUAUCCUCGCGCCAUCGAUAUCACGUCUUCUUCACAGAUGGUGAACCGCCCCCCGCUGUAGCGUUCCGUCCAAGCAGAGGACAUGGAGGAGUGCGAUGCCCCCCCGGCCAGAUUUAAAAGGAAGGCCUGGGCUCAGAGCCGAGACUCCUGGCAGGCUUCUGAGUCUCAGGACCAGGGUGCCGAAGAGCAGCUGUCUGCCCAACCUAUAGAGGAUAAGCCGUCCACAGCCACGCAAUCAGGUCCUAUACCAAACAAAAUAGCGAGCUGGCUCAAAGGCUGCAGGACUCCGCUUGGGUCCUCUUUGGAUGAACAGGGCACCAGCCCGUCCAAAGGAGCGUUAAAGAAUGGCUGCAGUUUUGAAGAUGACCUGUCCCUGGGAGCCGAGGCCAAUCACCUUCAGAACAGCAACACAAAUCCAGAGGCCAAUGGCUAUGAACUGCCGGCCAAGGACAAAAGGAGUCAGUUUAAGCAGAAGGGUCGAAGUAUGAACUCCACGGGUUCUGGAAAAAGUAGCACCACAGUGUCCAGUGUUUCUGAAUUGCUGGACCUGUAUGAGGAAGAUCCAGAGGAAAUUCUGUACAAUCUCGGGUUUGGAAGAGAGGAACCGGACAUUGCCUCCAAAAUCCCUUCUCGAUUCUUCAGUGCCUCAUCCAGAGCCAAGGGCAUCGACAUCAAAGUUUACCUGGGUGCGCAAAUGCAACGCAUGGAGGUGGAGAACCCAAACUACGCCCUGACAAGUCGUUUCCGUCAGACGGAAGUUCUGGCUACUGUGGCCAACGUGUUCUCCGAGAUCUAUUCCCAUGUGUCCGGAAGACCCGCGGAAAAAAUCGACACAGAGACCAAAACUCCUUCUCUGUUAAAAAAGAACAACUCUGCCCUGAACGUGGCCAAGAUCCUGAAGCGAAACAUUACGAAACAGAACUUGUUGGCUUCUUCCACUGAAGGAACCGCCAAACAACUUUCAUCAUCUAACGCUGAGGGCGAAGGCGUGAACCCCGGUGUACGAGACGGGCCGUCGGACGUUGAGCAAAAGCCGCAGCAGAAAAUGUUUUGGAGAAAAGACUCUUCUCUAGCCACUGUGACCGAGGAGGCCCAGCAGGGUAUCUCAGAAGCUUCCCUUAAUGGAGAAAACCGUGGACCUUUAACGAACGGUGACCUCUCCACCGAAAGUCCAGCUCUGGAGAAAGAUAUUCCAGAUUCUUCGGUCCUUGUGAGCAUCAGUCAAGCGAAGGACGUGACUGACCCGGCGAGAGAGCCAGUACAUAAAAAGCAAGAAACCAUCACUUCUACACCAGACAAAGAGCUGCCCAACCUGCUGCCCAACCCACACAUGGCCCACCUGCUUAUCCAACCCAGAGACUCCUUUGAAAUGGAGGAGUUGCAAAGUAAUGAGGAUGAGGCUCUACCUGGACCUGGAGGAAUGUUCAGAACCGGCAGUGAUCGAUUAUUGAGGACGACCAGCCAGCAGUCUGAUAGCAGUGGUUUUGCAGAGGACCCGUCUACAGAUGGUUCGGGUAAUCAUCUAAAGGUGCAGGAAAGUUCUGACAGCUGUGAUAGUGAAACUACAGUGACAUCCCACGCUGGAGAUGCCACCACACCAUUAGCGUUGGAUUAUCCUAUUUUUGAUAGAUUACAUGAUGGGCAAGCCUUUCUUCAGCCCAACAGAGGAAGUUCUAGUGAAAGUGGAGCCAAGCAAGAUGUUUCUGAGAUGGACAAUCUCCAAAAUCCUCAUCCAAACAAUUGUAUUAACGGGCCUCUCCCAGAAAGGGGAUCUGUAAUGGACUCUGGUCCUACCACUGCUCUGGACCCCUCCACAAGCUCUUCAGACGUGGGUUCUUGCACGGUUGAAAACCCUACCACAAACUUGGUUUCGAAUGGUGAUCAGAAAAGCAAGUCCCAGCCUGGUUCGGGUUUGGAUCAAGAGUGUAACAUACCAUCUCAAACUGCAUGUGAAUCCUCUGAAGGCCCAAAUCUAGACUCCUGUGGUCCUAAAUCUUCAACUGUGCCAAGCAGUGCUUUAGUACACGAGUCAUCAUCUGGUACAGAACAACGCAGACCAUUUGCCCUCCACUUGACUCAGCAGAGGUCGUCUUCUGUGGCGGAAGAGCGUCCUGGACGAGUAUGGGUGAGGGACUUAGACUUGUUGAAAGGGAGAGAGAGCUUGGACAGAAAUCCCUUAAGGAGAUCCAGCUCUCUUCCAACCUCUCCACACAGCCCGGCACGUGUGGUCACCUCCUUGCGCAUCCAGCUAGGAAGAGGGUCGGUCAAGCACUGUACGCCACCCUCAUACACAUACCGCUAUGAGGAGGGGACUCACGGAGACCGGGAAGAGGUGGAUUCUAUCAUUGAAGAAGAUGAAGACGUUGAUCGCUUCGGCUACCAUUCUGCUCCAGUAGGGGGCGACAUGUCUGGCAUUGGGUAUGGGACACCACCACACCUUCUCAACAUACCCCAACAUCUGACUCGUUCAUCUAGCUCGCUGUAUAGCGUACCUGCCGACUGGCCCCCGAGGCCUCUAGGGGAGGGCCCGUCCUGGAGCACAUGCAGUGUACCAAAUCUUCCUCAUUUUACUGGCCCUGCCCACCCACCUCCUCCUCCUCAUGGCUCUAUCCACUCGCCACACUUUAAAGGGGCCUACAACUCAUCUUAUCCCACCAACGUCAACCAUAUACCCCAUCACAGUCCAAUGCCUCAUCCACAGAAUUUAAAUGGUCCUCAAUCAUUCACCCCACCACAGUGGCCGCCUUUUACACCCCAGCACAACAGGCAUUUUGCCCAGCCGCACAGUGCACCACAUUACCAUCCCUCAGCCCCUUUCCACUCACCUCAUAACUUUUCUCCGGGUGCUCCUCACGGCUCCUCGUUCGGCCCUUACCACCCUCACGUAUCUCCGUACUACCUGGCAUAUUCCUGUUCUCCCCAUCCACCUGGCACCCCACCCAACCAUCCAUACUACCCCUGUCCCUCAUACCCUCUCUCUUAUCAGACCCCACCCGCACCUUCACAUGCCCCUUUGCUGGGUAGCACAGAGAUGCAGCUUAGAAGAGUCCUGCAUGAUAUUCGUGGCACAAUGCAGAACCUCACCCAGGGCCCAUCCAUGCAUGAUGGGGACACACCCGUAGACAGGAUCAGUUCACCGUGCUCCGUCCAGCCCCUUUAUGAGGAGCUCCAGAUUCGGCGCAGGAGUCUGAAUGUGUUCCGGACUCAGAUGAUGGAUCUGGAAUUGGCUCUCAUGAGACAACAGUCUGUGGUCUACCAGCAUCUCAGUCCAGAAGAAAGACUGGAUGCAGAGCAGCUGCAGACGCUGCGUACUGCAGUCAGGCAGGAGCUGCAGGAACUGGAGCUGCAGCUUGAGGAACGACUGCUUAAUCUGAACCAACAAAUGCGCAGCAGCUCCCAGAACAGCGGAGUCUACCGCCAUCACAUGGGCCUGAACAGAGGUAACAGCAUUGACAGUCUGUCGAAUUCUUUAGCUCUGCAAGCCGUCGAGCCUGUGACGGACCUUUUAAGAGAGCAGCUGUACCUUCAGUCCGAGCUGGGAUAUGAUGCUGCCACUUCCGUUUCUGGGCAAUCAUCGAGGGCGUCCAGCCCCGAGAGAUUCAGCCGAGCGCAUGAGUCUUGCUCUCCUUCCCCGAAGCAGGGUGGCAUUUACCGGGCCACCCUCAACCUCACGCCAUCUCUUCCUUCACGACCUGGUGUGGAGGUUCCUCAGCCCGGAUCUCCAGAGAGACCCGAGCGAAGCAUCUCACCCAAUUCUGUUGAAUUAAAUCGAGAUGAUGAUGACUGCGGUCCAACUGAGUGGAGGAGUAGAAGUGGAGGCCACGGUGACCUGCAACAUCUUAUAAAGGAGAUCAAAGAAAGCAUCGCUUAUGAAAUCAGACAGGAGAUUGUGAAUGAGCUCUUGGCUGCUGUGUCGCCUCUACCUGCCAGAAAACCCCCUGUGUAAGCGUGGUGACAGAGGCUUCAGCAGGUGUAGAGAUGUGAAUCCUGUGAAAUAGUCACAAUGAACACUGGUUUAAGCCUUGCACUGAGAUCGGCCCAGCACCUUCCUCUGGUUCUGUCUGUGAAGCCCGUUCGGACUCCACCGCUGCGGGAAACUGUCUGCUGUGACGGGGUUCAGUUUACCCCUCACAGUGGUUGAAAUCCUUCUCUGUCCUAACCUACGAAGGGCAUGUGACUUAUUGUGCUAUCCGUCUGGUACAUAUUACAGAAAUGUCAUGAAUAUUUUUGGGAUGUAUUUAAGUAUGUGAAUGCUGGUCUUGUUGAAUGUUUGCAAUGGGUGAGAAAAAAGGAUCGAUAAAAGUGUGUCUUUGUCUGUGUAGGACAAAAUUGUCUACUGUAUUCAAACUUGUUUUCUAAUGCAGCCUCUGUGAGGAACUAACUGUGCAAUACAUUUCAUUUUUUUCACCCAAACUUGAACUGAUCGAUCACAACUACUGUUCAAUAACGUACACACCUUGUUUAUGUCUAUCACACACUGUAUGUAUAGAUUAUUAGACACUUUAGCACAUUCAUAAACGUAUUUUCCUGUGAGACGAAAAGCACUAAAAUCUCUUUAUGUCUAAGGACGCCUUAAAAGAUGUUUUCUUGAAAGGUCUUGAUUUAAAAGGCAAAGAAUUGAAAGUGUUUGUUUCACUUUUACUUUGUGAAUAAGAGAGAACAGAGGGAUUGUUUUACUGAUGUUCAUUAUAAUUGUUUUGUCUAAUGAGUUGUAAUACUAAUUGAUUUAUGUGACCAAUGGGAUUUGUUCCCUAUUCACCUGGGAUGCAUGAGGGAUAAUCUUUAAUGAAAAUCUAUAAUAAAGAUUUAUUUAUUUUGUAUGUAUUUA